AUGAGGGUUCGGCGACGACUACGGAGGAGUGGGAGUGAUAUUCCAGCUCAGGGGAAGGAGAUGGCGAAUGGAAUCCAGGAUGGAAAGCUGGUAAAUGGGGAACCAAAUGGUGGAUUCGUGAACACCAACGGCACCGCAGCCAAAACCCGGGGAUCCAAAUCCGAACAAAACGGCCUCAUCAAAAGAGGCAGCUGGGGUCCUGACACCACUGACCUACGACGGAGAAACCUCGGCAUCAGCUGCGGUUGGGAUUUGGCUGAUACGGAGUAUGAGAAAAAGGUUGCUGUGUCAACUUCUUUACCUAUUGAGUCGACCAAGACUAGUACCAAGGCGGACCAAAGUCAAAGUCAAAGUCCACUGGUUCUAGGAGAGAAUCAUGGAGCAAAUGGACAGAGAUGGACAGUAGACGAAACUGUCGACCUCGACAAGUAUGAAUACUACUGGGAGCCGUACCCGGAUCGGGGAACAGCUUGGGAGAGGCUGGAUUGGGUGAUGGAUAUGUUUAAUUCCUUCAGGGGUGCUGGCUGGAAUUACUCCAUCUCCUCCAUCCCCUCUCUUCAACCACCCGUCAUCCCUCCAUUACCGGAGUCCAUCGUCACCUCCUCAUCAUCUUCCUCCUCUUCCUCUUCUCCCUCCACCACCACCUCCCAAAUUCUGCCCUAUUUCCCAACCGGCAUCCCCGUCUCAUUCACCACCCUUCCCCUCUCCACCCCCCAAACCUUCCACCGCUCCCCCACCGUCCGUCACUUCCUCACCACCCGCCUCCUCCACAUAACAUGGUCCUACCUAGCCCUAGAUUUCUUCACAAUCUCCGCUCGCCUAGACCCUUACUUCGUCGCCGGUCCCAACGGCCCUCUCCGCCACCCUACUCACCUAUCUGACCUCGCCUCCCUAUCCUUCUCCAACUCAGCCUUCCCACCCUUAUCUCUCGCCUCAGCCAAAUUCCUAGCCUCCCUUCCACCCUGGGGCCUCAACUUUGCCCGCUCCCUCUUCUCCCUCUCAGGUGUGCUAGGUGGAUUAUUUCUGUAUAGCUACGUCUGGCAACUCACGCAGUUUUUCGUUUUGGGAAGGAUGCUAGGGAACGAAAGCCAAGGGAUGAACGAGUUGUGGCGGUACCCGUGUUUUUUUGGCGGGUUCGUGGGGAAUGUGCUUGAUCGAGGAUUAGCCGGUUUUUGGGGCGGGUGGUGGCAUCAGAGUUUUAGGGUUGGGUUUACAGGGCCGGCUAGGUGGUUGGUUAAGGUUGGAAGGGUUUUCGGGGAUAUUAAUGAUGGGAACGUUGGCCCUGACGAAGAUGAGGAUGGUGGCAAGACCAGAGAGAGCGCAGUGACAAUGAACGGCACUGAGAAGAGCCCCAACGAAGGGAAAAAGAGACGAAGGACGCGCAAACAAAAGGUGGUAGCCAUGCUAGAAAUGGCAACAGCCUUCUUCCUCUCCGGCGUCCUGCACGCCUUAGGAGGAUGGACAUCAACAGCCUUCCGCAUCUCUCCCUCCUCCGGCACCGACCUCCUAACCCUCGAAACGCGCAACCGACUACCCGUCUUUUUCGAACCAGUCGGCUUUUUCGUCUCCCAAUUCUUGGGGUGCGUGAUCCAAGCCUUCCUGACUGUCGUACUCAGAAACCUCCUCACCAAAAUUACCGGACAGCAGAAGACAUGGAAGGAAAUGCCAAGAUGGCUCGAAAGAACAGGCAACGGCCUCUUCGUGCUCCUAUGGCUUCACUGGACCCGCUGGAUGUUAAUCGACGACAUGGCCCGUUCUGGACUCUUUUUGUUUGAGCCGGUGCCUGUUUCGGUGUUUAGACUGUUGGGGCUGGGAGGGAUGCCAGGGGAGGGUACCAAAGAUUGGUGGAGGUUGGAUGGGGAGUAUGUGCCCAGUUUUUGGAGGGGGAGCAAGUGGUGGGAGAGGGGGGUUAGGAUAUGA